AUGUCAUCAAACUCCAAUAUCAAAGUAUUUGAUGAUAGCAAAAUUUUACCUAUUAUUUAUGAAGUAAAUUUUACUAUUGACCUAGAAAUCAUUGAAAGUUUUGAGAAAUGGUUACAAGAUUAUCUCAAUGAAACAAUAAACCAAAAAAAAUCGUUUCGUGAUGCAGAAGUGUUUCAACGAUUUCCAAAUGAUGAGGAAGAAGGCGAUACUGAGAUAAAGAAUCCCGACCGAGUACAUAAAUAUAUCACUGUGGUUUUUGAGGUUGAUAAUAAAGAAAGUUUGGACCAGUAUUUGAAUGAAGAAGCACCAAAUGUCCAAAAAGAUUUACAAGAUAAAUUCAAUUCCAAAAACGCUUUAGUAGUCUCUUCACGCCGUGUUUUAUAUCCAAUUGCACUUUGGGCAAAACGAAUCAGUUAA